CGUUCAUGGAACCGUAGCAACCAUGAUCAGGAAACAAGUGAGUUUGUUUUCUCUCUGAUGUGAACGCGCUCCCGUGGACAUACUGCUGGCGCCACAGGCUACUAGAGGUACUGGAUAACUCGCUAAUUGCAUGGUCCCAAACUCCUGUAGUUACUAGUUUCCAAGGCACACACAGCAGGUAUCUUCUUGUCUCCAAACCCCAUCCCCUGCUCUUACAAAGGAGUGUUGCCAUGGUGGAUGUGAGUAAGUGGCCUCUCUUCACCCUCUUGAGUGCACAGGAGCUCGCCUCCAUACGACAGGCAUGCAUCUUCGGAACAUCUGCGAAUGAGGCCAUCUAUAUCACCCACGAUGACGAAGUGUACGUGUUGGGUUUGAACUGCAGUAAUUGCCUGGGCACUGGAGACAGUCAGAGCACAAUUGUUCCUAAAAAGCUGGACUGUCUGACUGGGAAGAAGCUGGUUAGUUUGAGCUAUGGCAGUGGCCCUCAUGUUCUGCUCGCUACAGAAGAGGGGGAGUUGUAUGUAUGGGGGCAUAAUGGAUACAGUCAGUUGGGCAAUGUGACGACCAAUCAAGGUGUGUCUCCUGUUUUGGUGUCUACUAACCUGCAGAACAAGAGAGUGACUGAAGUUGCCUGUGGUUCUCACCACUCUUUGGCUCUAACCCAUGAGGGUGAGGUGUUUGCGUGGGGCUACAACAACUGUGGUCAGGUGGGUUCAGGGUCCACCGCCAACCAGCCCACACCCCGCAAGGUGUCCAACUGUCUGCAGAACAAAGUGAUGGUCAGUAUAGCCUGUGGACAGACUUCAUCCAUGGCUGUGGCGGAUAAUGGCGAGGUUUAUGGCUGGGGUUACAAUGGUAAUGGCCAGCUAGGGUUAGGCAACAAUGGGAACCAGCUGACACCGUGUCGUUUGAUUGCGUUACAAGGCUUCUGUGUGGUGCAGAUUGCAUCAGGUUACGCUCAUUCUCUAGCACUGACCGAUGAGGGCCUACUGUAUGCAUGGGGGGCCAACACUUACGGCCAGCUGGGCACCGGCAACAAGAGCAACCAGCUCAGCCCUGUACAGGUCAUGGCUGAGAAAGAAAGGAUUGUGGAGAUCGCCGCCUGUCACUCCACACACACCUCUGCAGCAAAGACCCAAAGCGGUCAGGUGUUCAUGUGGGGGCAGUGCCGCGGACAGCCCAUCGUGCUGCCACAGCUCACGCACUUCACCAGCACGGACGACGUCUUCGCCUGCUUCGCCACGCCGUCUGUGAUGUGGCGGAUGCUUUCCAUGGAGCAUGAUGACUUCCUGACCGUGGCCCAGUCCCUUAAAAAAGAGUUUGACAACCCUGAGACCUCUGACCUCAAAUUCAGCGUCGACGGGAAGUACAUCCAUGUCCAUAAAGCUGUUCUCAAAAUCAGGUGUGAGCACUUCAGAUCAAUGUUUCAGUCACACUGGAAUGAGGAUAUGAAGGAAGUGAUUGAGAUCGACCAGUUCUCGUACCCGGUGUACCGCUCUUUCCUGGAGUUCCUCUACACCGACAGUGUGGAUCUUCCUCCUGAGGAUGCCAUUGGGUUACUGGAUCUGGCAACCUCAUACUGUGAAAACAGGCUGAAGAAGUUGUGCCAGCAUAUCAUAAAGAGAGGAAUCACGGUGGAGAACGCUUUCUCUCUGCUGUCUGCUGCCAUCAGAUAUGAUGCUGAGGAUCUAGAGGAGUUCUGUUUUAAAUUCUGUGUGAACCACUUGACUGAGGUCACGCAGACAGCUGCAUUCUGGCAGAUCGACGGCAACAUGCUGAAGGAGUUUAUCUCCAGAGCCGGCCACUGUGGAGCCUUCAAAAACUGACUCUGACAGCCACCAGAUACAUGCACGCUCAGUGUGUUAGUCAAGGAACCCAUCUGUCCUCCUCACAGCUAGUGAGCGCUGUGACACCAGACAGUCAUUAACGCACAGCGCCCCCUGUUGAGCAGGAGAGGAACUUUCAUAAUGGUUAAGAUUCAUGUAGAAGGGUCAAUGUCUGUGUUAGUCUCAUCUACAACCAUUUCGUACUCAUCUGUUACCGAAGAUAUUCAGCCAGAUGGGACAUUCCCAUUUAUGUUUUACACAACUUUUUGGAAAAGACAUUGCCUAGUGCUAAUGAUCAUUUCUAGUGCUGCAGAUGGGAAGGGUGUUUGCACACUAUAUUAAAAUGGGAGUGGGUUUGGGCUAAACAGAGGCAUAAUUUAAUUGUAUUACUUAAACAUGCACCACUAAAAAGCUGACA